AUGCCCUAUGGAACACGUUCACGCAACCGCCCUCGACCAAAUUAUGCAGAGGAUCAAGAUAUGGACUUCGAAGCCCCCCCGCCACCAGCCAAGGCUGCAUCUGCCAAAAACGCCCCAGUCGGUGAUUUGAAGCGAAAUCAACAAGUUGCGACAGAGGCCAAGAAAACCACUGCUGAUCCUUCCAUUGCUCGAGUCAAUGGUGCCGACCAGGACGAAAGGUCGCCAUCUGCUUCUGGUAAAGAAACAAUUCCAGGAACUUCGUCUUUCUCUACUGUCCCUCCCAAGAAGCGCAAGGCAGCUGGUGCCGCCAACACUGCCAUUGUUGCAUCUGGAUCUGGUAACACCACUGCAAAUGCGGCUGCGCAACCCACUACAAAGAGGCCAGCAACUUCCAUCCCGUUGGCAAACAUGUCUCGUGAGUCUAACAUGAUGACUUUCGAAAAAUCAAAGGGUGUUUUGAAAAAGGGAGGACUUGCAGCAGACGACGGUACAGUAUUGCAUAUCGACGAUCAUGUGUAUCUUGUCUGCGAACCACCUGGCGAUCCUUAUUAUCUCUGUAGGAUCAUGGAGUUUUUACACACCAACUCUGACGAUCCGAAAUCUCCCGUGGACUCAAUCCGGGUGAAUUGGUUUUAUCGCCCGCGCGACGUACAGCGUCUCAACAACGACAGCCGUCUCGUAUACGGUACCAUGCACUCUGACGUUUGCCCCCUCACAUCUCUGCGUGGAAAAUGUCAAAUUCUCCAUCGGUCAGAAAUUGAGAACCUCGAUGAAUACCGUAAAGGAUCGAAUUGUUUCUGGUUCAACCAAAUUUUUGAUCGCUUCAUUCGUCGGUUCUACGAGGUGAUACCGACUUCCCAAAUUAUCAAUGUUCCUGAUAAGGUCAAGCGAGCUUUGGACGAAAGGUGGAAAUUUAUCGCUGUGGAAACCAACAGAGUCAAGGAGCUCACGGCAGCAGUCAAGCUCUGUAAGCGGUGCACUCAAUACUGUGCAAGCAACGACUCUGUUGACUGCGCAAUCUGUGGAAACUGUUAUCAUAUGAACUGCGUUCGACCACCUUUGCCGAAGAAGCCCACACGUGGUUUUGCUUGGGCGUGUGGUCCUUGUGGACGCGCCGCAGAAAGAAAACUCGAGGCGCGCAACACUCCUCUUGGCGGAUUCGAUGAAGAAGAAGAAGUCGUUGAAGAAGAGGAAGAGGACCCAGCAUUGGCAGCAAGCACUCGAGCACCAAGUCCUAGUGGUCCGGAUGUCCCCACUGACCAACAUCCUGGCACACAGGCUGAGAUCGCCAUGGCCAAGAUGUGGCCCUUCAGAUACUUGGGAAUCCACUGCAGGGUUGAGGAUGCGCUGCAGUACGACGACCGUGCAAUCUACCCCAGAGCUAGCUCGCGCCUAGGACCACGUCAUCAAGCGAAUGUCAACGUCUGGCAUGGUAGGCCGAUCGAGCUUGUAAAACCAGCUGAUAUCAAGAAGCGCUUCGUCAAGGGUGGUGGUCAGAAAAAGGAUACAAAGCUCACAAAAGAAACUCUUGCCGCAAUCGAGGCGGAUCGAAAAGAACGAGAAAAACGACCCAAAUGGAUUCAAGACGAACCUGCAGGUUAUGUCCACCGCGGCGAGGAUUAUGACAACGAUGACCCAAGAAACACGGCCAGACUCAUGUUCAAAAUGCCAGACGAAGACGAAGAACAUGCCCCUGCCUCCAAUGAAGCCUUUAUCGACAAGUUCAUGGAUCGCGCAAAAGCUACUGCAAAGUCACUCAAGGUCACGACUUGGGGUUGCAACCUUCAGGACAAAGCGCUUGAGCUUUUGAUCAAGAACAAAUACAAUGCAGACAAGGCAAUUGAGCAACUAUCCAAGGUUGAUCGUGUAAAAGAUCUUAAGGAACCUAUACUUACGCCAGACGAACUGAAGAAGUUUGAGGAAGGCGUGAUGAAGUAUGGUUCAGAGCACAGAUCAGUCCGGAUUCAUAUGAAGACGCACCACCCUACGUCUACAAUCAUUCGCUUCUACUACCUAUGGAAGAAAACGCCACGCGGUCGACAAAUAUGGGAUAACUAUGGGGGUCGCAAAGGACGAAAGCGUCAGAACAUGGAUCCCGCUGGUAAGCUUCAUGCUGAGGUCGCCGAUGAUCUCGACGACUCUGCUUUCGACACCGACAAAGCUAGAACCCAGAAGAGAGGAUUCCAAUGUAAGCAUUGUUCUACACGCCACUCUCGACAAUGGCGCAGAGCUCCUGGUGUCACCCCCGGCCAAACAGUACCCUCAGGUGAAGGCAAGAUGAACAAAGACAAGAAUGCUCGCUUACUCUUGGCACUUUGCGGAAGAUGCGCUGGACUUUGGAGAAGAUAUGCGAUCGUGUGGGAAGAAAUCGACGAAGCAACCAAGAAGGCCAUUCAGGCUGGUGGAAAGGCUUGGAAGCGCAAGUUCGAUGAAGAGGUUGUGCGCGAGAUUCUGGCUGCAAACGAGGCCGUGGUCGAAGAUCCGACUAUCGUUCAGUCAGUCGAAGGAGUGGAGCCGCCGAAGAAGAAAGCCAAACUUGCACUCGACGGCGCCGAGAAGAAGAAAGCACCGAAGCUUCCGACACCCCCUCCUCCACCCAUCGUUCCUGACCAGCCGAGAUGGAGAGAUCUGCCUUGUUUCGUUUGCAACGUACUUGACUCGGCGGGCGAGAGUCCCAUUGUUUGUUCGCACUGCAAGCUCAGUGUGCACAAGAGGUGUUAUGGUCUUUCGUCCCAAGCUGUACCGACAAAGUGGGUCUGCGACCAGUGUACCAACGAUAGGACGCCAGCAGUGUCAACUGAGUACAUGUGCACAUUGUGCCCGAUUGAAGAGACGACUCUUGAAAUGCUUGAGACGCCUAGAGUCACCCACAAGAAGAAGUCAGAUCGUGAGCGCGAGAAGGAAAGACUGGAGAAGGAGCUCAUGGAUAGUGUGCAGCUGGAGUACAACAAGAAGCAAGCCAAUCUCAACCGGCCCAGCAACCCCAGAGAGCCACUGAAGCGCACUGAUGGCAACAAUUGGGUACACGUCCAAUGUGCGAUUUGGACGCCUGAGAUCAAAUUCAGCGAAGCGAGCCUCUUGGAGAGGGCGGAAGGAUUUAGCGCCAUCCCUAUGGAACGCUAUGAGGCAACAUGCAAGGUUUGCAAGAAGAACGACCACGGCGCUUGUGUAUCUUGUCUGCAAUGUCGAGCCAACUUCCAUGUUGGCUGUGCUAUCCAGGCUGGGUACACACUAGGCUUCGACGUGACGCCAGUCAAGGGAUCACGUAAAGACCAAGUCAUUACUGCGACCCUUGGUGAUGAGACUGGAUCGCUCACAGCCGCCAUCUGGUGCAAGGAGCAUGCCAUCAAAACUCCGGUGCACCCAAUCAGUGAGGCGGCUGAUGACAAAAGCCCAAAUGCUUUACAAGUGUUUGUCGAAAAUUAUAAACAGGCAGAUCCAACUCUUACUGGAACUGCCAGGAAGGCCAACCUUCUCAGUCAAUCGACGAAACUUGCCUCACAAGCGACUGCCGCGAAUGCCGCGGCUCUUCGUCGUAUCUCCACAGCAAGCAACAUGGCACGAUCUGCUCGCAACUCACCAGCAGGAGCCUCUAAGACGGACGAAGUGGAUGGUGCAAGCUCUGCUGAAGACGAGUCGACUAAGACAUGUCUCAAAUGCCGUACUGACGCCAGCCCGAGAUGG